UUUCAGUUCCAGCCGCGAGCGGGGCGCCGAGUCCUUCACUGCCUGCCGCCGAGACACGGUUGCUCCAAGAGAAGGAGGAGAAGCAGCGGCCCCAAGUAGCGCUGGGGUCGGCUGCCGGACCGGGAAGAGCGCACUUGCCCGGGCAGCGACAAGUGCCUGCCUCGGAUCCCUCGGAGCUCCUCCUCGCCCGAAGACGCUGGGGCCGUGACGCGUGGAGAUCUCUCUCCCUCUCGCAAGAAGUCGGGGGAGACGGACUAGUUGUGGCAACUUUCUUUCUGCUGGGGGAGCGACUGAACCUCUCUUGACAGCCGUUCCGGAAAGAAGGAGAAGAAAAAGGGGGGAAAGCAGCCGGGGCUCAAAACAAGUGUGCCUGGAACCCCUCGCGGACGCUCCGGACACUCCCACGAAGGGGGGCGGGCAAGGAGGAAAAAAGAGAGAGAGAGAGGAAGAGGACUUGAAAAGUUGCCGGACUGGGCGAGCCGUCCUCGCGGUGAUAAGGGAGGCGCAGGCCGAAGGUGUCAAGCUACGUCCCCCCGCCUGGCUUCCUUGGCCGAGAGAGGGAUUUCGCGCUUGAAAAACAACUUUCUCUUUGGAGCUUUGUUUUGAUUUUAAAUUUUGUGGCUUCGGAACGGAUGAUCCCGCUGAGUGUCCUUAGCUGAGAAAGCCACUGCUGGUCUACUUUCGACUCUUGGCCAGAGAGGUGUGGGGAGAAAACUGGGACAGGCAAGCCAAUGCCUUGUUGCAAAAAAGUAAGACUUUAAUUGAUCGCUACUGGGUUCCCCCCAUUCUGCAAGAGCUUGCUUUUGUUUUAAGAGCAAUUGCAGUCGAGGGUGGACUUCCAUAGACUUUUAUUUUUAAAGGGGGUGAGCUUCCUUUCCUUGGUUUGUUUUUUGGCUGUAGGAGAACAAACUUGUGGACUGUAUUCUAUGACUGCAAAGAUGGAACCUACAUUCUACGAUGAUGCCAUAAAUGCUACCUUCGUCCAGCCAGAAAGUGGUACUUAUGGAUAUAAUAACCCCAAGGUUCUAAAGCAGAACAUGACGCUCAAUCUGGCUGACCCUUCCAGUAACCUCAAGCCCCACUUGAGGAACAAGAAUGCUGAUAUCCUGACCUCUCCAGAUGUGGGCCUUCUCAAACUGGCCUCUCCUGAGCUAGAAAGGCUCAUUAUUCAAUCUGGCAAUGGACUGAUCACCACCACACCAACACCAACCCAGUUCCUCUGCCCCAAAAAUGUUACCGACGAGCAAGAAGGGUUUGCUGAAGGCUUUGUCAGGGCACUGGCGGAGCUGCACAAUCAAAACACCAUGCCAAGUGUUACCUCUGCUGCCCAACCUGCAAACCCUGGCAUGGCUCCUGUCUCUUCUAUGGCUGGAAACAAUGGCUUCAAUGCCAACUUGCACAGUGAGCCUCCCGUCUAUGCCAACCUCAGCAAUUUCAACCCCAAUGCACUCGGUACAGCACCUAGCUACAACGCAAACGGCCUGGGCUAUGCCCCGCAGCAUCACCUGAACCCCCAGAUGCCGGUGCAGCAUCCGCGCCUUCAAGCUCUGAAAGAGGAGCCUCAGACUGUCCCAGAAAUGCCUGGGGAGACUCCUCCCCUGUCCCCUAUUGACAUGGAAUCCCAGGAGAGGAUCAAGGCAGAGAGGAAGCGCAUGAGAAACCGAAUUGCGGCCUCCAAGUGCCGGAAAAGGAAGUUGGAGCGGAUUGCCCGGUUGGAAGAAAAAGUAAAAACUUUGAAAGCCCAGAACUCAGAGCUGGCAUCCACUGCCAACAUGCUGCGAGAGCAGGUUGCACAGCUGAAGCAGAAGGUCAUGAAUCAUGUCAACAGUGGGUGCCAGCUCAUGCUCACACAGCAGUUGCAAACUUUUUGAAGAGACUGGAAAGUAACUCUGUGACAGGGAGAAAUUAAGCGGGAGGGAAAAAUAGAAAGAGGUUGGGAGGUGGCAAAGCUCAGUUGGUGGGGCGAGAAGAAAAGGCUGAAAGGCAUUGAUUCCAGCGAGUGCUUUCCCCUCCCAAAAGCAUGUGUGGAGAGACUGGUGUGCCUUCUGGUCUGAGGUGGUGGCAUAUCAGUUGACAGUACAGCUCUCCAAAGUGCUGUUCCUGCUCAGAUGAGGCACAAAAGCCUUGUACCUUCUUUUCUUUUUUUAACAUUGACCAAGACCUGCAUGGACCUAACAUUCAAUGAUCAUUCAGUAUUAAAGGUUAAACUGCAGUAGACACUGUAGAUUGCUUUCUCUUAGUACCCCUUAAAAAUAAAAUGAGGGGAGGGUGUUUGUGGGAGGCUAACAACAGAAGCUGAACUAUAUUGUCUGCCUUCGAGUCAAGUUGUGUCUGUACAUAUUUUUUUUAUUUUGUGACAGCUGAUUAAUGUCAAGUAAAACUACUUCAUGACUUUGUAAGUUAUUUUUAUGUUCAUUUGGGUUCUGCCCAGCAUUGUUUGUAAAUAAGAGAUUUUUUUAGCAACCUUGAGGUUUUUUUUUCCAUUUGUAAUAAAAUAUAUAAUUUUUUUAAUGUUUUGUUCUGAACAAGAAAUGAAGAAAGGGUUGAUCUUAUUUAAGAAAACAUCAAUAAAACAUCACCUAUUUUCUUUUAAGGCUGCAAUCGUAUACACACCUACCUUGGAGUAAGUCUCAAUGAACUCAAUGGAGCUUACCUCUGAGUAGCCAUGCAUAGGAUUCCUCUGUAAGUCAGGCAUUUACAGGAUCAAUUUGUUAGAUGUUAAAACCAGUGCGGUGGGGGUGGGGGUGAACCAAAUUCUUCUAUAAUUUCCACAGUGGGUUGUAACAGCAAUGUUAAAAAAGAGUCUUGUGGUACUCCUCUUAUUAAUGAAGCAGUCGGUCUGUAGGGUACCCUAAGACUUUCCUGUGCCCUCUUAGGACUGGAAUAAAAGAGGACCCCCUGUGGCCAAAAAAGCAUAGCUUUUGCCUGUUCCAGUCAAUCUAACUCAUGACUUGUAUGGUUGACUUUACAAGGAGCUACUGACAUAGAAUUAUUUUCAAUCCACAUCCCUGUGCAGCAACUUCUAUCAGAAAUAAUUGGCCAUUUUAGAACAUCUAGAUGCUUCACGUUAAGCAAAUAUUCUUGAUGAACUUCUAAAGAUAGGGAAAAGUUGUUUCAAAAAGGGAAAACAAAUGGGAAUUUGUCAUCUUUAUGUUUUUGUUAACUCUUACAUAAAAGAUGGUCUCUGUUCAUGAGUAUUUACGGCUAUGCCUGUUGUCCAAUAAAAUCAUUCUACUACUCUUUCAACAGA